AUGGAGCAAGACACUGUAACAUCAACAACACCCAUUGGGCCAACCGUAGAUCUUCCUCCUAUUGGCCGGAAGAAAAGAAGAGCUAAUGCAAAUUCUAUUAGAAAGAGGUCUGAGGUAUGGGACCACUUUAACCUUAUUCCUAAUAGUGAUCCCGCUACUGCGGCAUGUAAGUGUUGUCAUCAGAAGUACAUGUGUGACUCUAAGAAAUGUGGAACGUCUAACUUAAAGAGUCAUAUGAAAACAUGUCCUAAGUAUCCGUUGAACCUGUCAACCGACCAUACCCAAACCAUAUUGACAUAUUCAACAACUCAGGGAGGUGUUUUGGUUCCAACAUCUUCUAGGUUUGAUCCUUUAGGUUGUAGAAAGGGGUUGGCUUACUUUAUCAUUUUAGAUGAGAAGUCAUUUAUUACAGUUGAAGGAGAGAGAUUCAAGUACAUUUGUAACCAAAUGCAUCCUCAAUUUACAAUUCCAUCAAGGAGAACCAUAGCUAGGGAUUGUUUUCAGAUAUACCUUGAUGAGAAAGUGAUGUUGAGAGUGUUAUUUAAGUCUGAUUUUGGUAAGAAGGUUGAGGAUGUGUUAAAGGAUUGGGGACUGAGAAACAUUUCAACUAUCACGGUAGAUAACGCGGCAUCAAAUGAUGUUGCUGUUAAGUAUUUGGAACAGAAAAUAAGAAACAUGAAUGGACUUUUGUUGGAUGGAUUUGGGUUUCACAUGAGGUGUUGUUCUCAUAUACUGAAUUUGGUCGUGAGAGAUGGAUUACAAGAAGCUAUCACCUCAAUUUCAAGUGUUAGAAAUGCAAUUAGGUUUGUAAGAUCUUCACCCCAUAGAGCUUUGAAGUUCAAUGAAUAUGCGGCUGAGAAGUUUGAAACUGCUUUUGAUAAGCUAGAAGAUAUGGAUGAAGACUAUAGGGAGUUCUUUGAUGCUUUUUCUUUCUUGGCUGGAAUUUACGUUGAGCUUAAGCGAUUAAACAUGGACCUUAAUGGACUGUUUGCUAAUGUAGCUAGGGACAUGUUGGAUAAGUUUAAGAAAUACUGGAUUGAUACCACUAAGAUGAACCAACUCCUCUAUUUGGGUGUUAUUUUUUAUCCCCGGUAUAAGUUAAGAUUUGUGGACUGGUGCUUUAAUGAUAUGUAUGGACAACUUUCAGAAACUAAGAAAUCCUUAUUAGAAGAGAUUAAUAACAAUCUCUCAAAAAAUUUCAUGGAUUACAAACAAACCUAUGACAAUGCUGAAGGAUCUGUCCCGUCUAUGGCAGCCACUGUUUCUCACGGUGAAACUGCUGCCAACGUCGAAGUACCGACACAUAUAUCUAGAUAG